AGUUGCACCUCCCCUCCAGCAGGAGGCAGUACUGACGCUUUCAGCUCGAUACCAACCGUUUAUUUACCAAGAAGAACAAAAAACAGGGUGCGGAAGAAAACAGAAAAAAGGCGGAGGAGGAAGAAGAAAAAAAGUCACCUGACCGACACCACCAUCAUCAUCAACAUCAUCAUCAUCAGAUAAGUGGUCUCCGGACGGAGUCAUCAUGGCGUUCAUCACGGCUAACUGGAACCCGCUGGGAGAAGCCUUUUACCGGAAAAUGGAGCUAUACGACAUGUGCUGGAACCUUCGAGAUGGACUCAGAGACAGUCUGGUGGCAGCAGCUCCCUAUGGAGGACCAAUAGCUCUCCUCAGAGAGCCCCACAGACGUUAUCCCAGUUCUCGUCCCCAGUUAGAGAUCUACUCUGCAUCAGGCGUUGCCAUUGCCAGCUUUCCGUGGAAGAGCGGUCCCGUGGUCCAUCUGGGAUGGUCGGUGAACGACGAGCUGCUGUGUGUUCAGGAGGACGGAUCAGUCCUGAUCUAUGACGUGUUUGGAACCUUUAAGAGACACUUCAGUAUGGGACAGGAGGUGGUCCAGAGUCAGGUGUUAGAAGCCAAGGUGUUCCACUCCCCUUAUGGAACAGGCGUCGCCAUAGUAACAGGUUCCUCUCGCUUUACCUUGGCUACCAACAUUGAGGACCUGAAACUCCGCAGGUUACCUGAGGUUCCAGGUCUGCAGGGAAAGCCAUCUUGCUGGGUUGUCCUCACUCAGGACAGACAGACCAAGGUUCUGUUGUCCAAUGGCCCCGAACUUUAUAUCCUGGACAAUAUGUCCUGCACUGCAGUGUGUCCUCCAGGUCUCAGUCCUCAGGCCGGCAAUAUUGUUCACAUGUGCGUGUCUUUCAGCUAUAAAUACUUAGCUGUCUUCACUGACUCUGGACACCUAUGGACAGGCUUGUCCAACCUACAGGAGAAACUCAGUGAAGUGGACACCAAAAAGACCGCAACACCCAAACAGAUGGUCUGGUGCCGCAGACCGAAGAGCCAGAAGCCCUCUGUGGUCCUGAUGUGGGACAGGCUGCUUAUGGUGGCCGGAGUGUGUAGCGACACCAUCCAGUUCCCCAUUGAGGAUCAGUCUGUUUUAGUGGGAGAACUGGACGGAGUACGGAUCAUCAGUUCAACCAACCAGGAGCUGCUGCAGGAGGUUCCUUUGGUGUGUCAGGAAAUCUUUAAGAUCGCCUCCAUGGCUCCUGGAGCUCUGCUUCUGGAGGCACACCGAGAGUAUGAGAAGUCCAGUCAGAAGGCUGACGAGUACCUGAGAGAGAUCAAGGAGCAGAACGUGUUAGGAGAAGCAGUCCGACAGUGUGUGGAGGCAGCAGGCCAUGAGUACGACACCAACACUCAGAAGUCCCUGAUGAGGGCGGCCUCCUUUGGGAAGUGUUUUCUGACAGACUUCAGUCCGGAUCACUUCGUGUUGACCUGCAGAGAACUGAGGGUGCUGAACGCCGUCAGAGAGAGCAGCGUGGGCAUGCCGAUCACACACACUCAACUCAAACAGAUGACUCUACGGGUGCUGAUUGACAGGUUGGUGUAUCGACAGUUUUAUCCAUUAGCGAUAGAAAUAUGUCGCUACCUGAAGAUUCCCGACUAUCAAGGUGUCAGCAGAGUCCUCAAACACUGGGCCUCGUGCAAGGUGCAGCAGAAGGACCUGUCUGAUGACACCAUAGCUCGAACCGUUUGUGUAAAGGUGGGGGACUCACCUGGUGUUUCAUACUCUCACAUCGCGACCAGAGCCUACGAAUGUGGUCGCACCGAGCUCGCCAUCAAGCUACUGGACUUCGAGGCUCGGUCUGGAGAACAGGUUCCUCUGCUGCUGAAGAUGAAGAGGAGUCAGCUGGCCCUCAGUAAAGCUGUGGAGAGUGGGGACACAGACCUGGUGUACACGGUGGUGACGUAUCUAAAGAACGAGAUGAACCGAGGAGAUUUCUUCAUGACUCUGAGGAAUCAGCCGGUGGCUCUCAGCCUCUACAGACAGUUCUGUAAGCUGCAGGAACAGGAGACACUGAAGGAUCUCUACAACCAGGACGACGACCACCAGGAGCUGGCCAACUAUUAUGUUGGUGCCAGUUACAGAGAAAAGAGGUUGGAGAGCCGGCUGUCUCAGCUGCAGAGCGCCGUCGAUGAGUACAACAAGGCCAAGAACGACUUCGCUGCCAAGGCCACAGAAGAAGAGAUGCGUCUUCUUCGUUUUCAGCGGAAACUGGAUGACGAGAAGGGGGCGGGGCUUCUGGGGUUGUCCCUGCAGGCGACCAUGGAGGCUCUGUUGUCGUUGGGACUUCACAAACAGGCUGAGCAACUCUACAGAGACUUCAGAGUACCUGACAAAAGGUACUGGUGGCUGAAGCUGAAGUCUCUGGCAGAGAAGGAGGAGUGGGAUGAGUUAGAGAAGUUUUCAAAAAGCAAGAAGUCUCCCAUUGGUUACCUGGCCUUCGUUGAGGUUUGCAUGAAGAGCAACAACAAGUAUGAAGCCAAGAAGUACGUCUCCAAGGUCACGCCUGAGCAGAGGGUCAAAGCUCACCUGGCCAUUAGCGACCUGGAGGGGGCGGCGGACGCUGCCAUCGAGCGCAGGAAUGACUCAGAGAUGGGGGUGGUCCUCUCCAGGUGCCCUGCCUCCAAUCAUCUGCUGAUUGACAGGUUGAACCGGGCCAGAGUGACUGCUGCCAAGAAGUGAUGCUAACUGGCUUUAUGGAUGCUGGGAGCCGUAACCAUAGCAACCAUCCUCCCUGAUCCGCCCAUUUCUUCUGUGUCUCCAGUCUGAACCAACUUUAUUCAACACAGAUGCUGUUAACAGCCACUAAAGUCUUACUGAGGUGGUGAUCUGUUGCCCUGGCAACAUAGAUGUUGGUUGUUUACUGUAAAUAAAGGUUUAUGUCAGAA